AUGCUCGAAGUCGACGAGACCAUCGCGUAUGAGGAUUUCAUCCUGGAUCCUCGUUUCAAGGACGCGGAGCUGGUCACUUUCGAGGACCUGCCACCGGGUGCAAUACUCCGUGCAGUACCGGAUAGUGCUGUGGAAGCGACUGAGAUGCAGCAAGCGGCAAAUAAUUCUUCCUCGCAGCGACCUCGGUGCCCACAGCAGGCUGGGAGAAAGAAGAACGUUUCAUCUCGCGGGAUGAACAAUGCGGAAGUAGAAAAAAUUAAGCGAGCGAAGGCGACAGCGUUGGAGGAAAGCAACAUGAAAAUCGCGAACAUGAUUGUUGAUUUGUGGACUGGAUACUUGAACAAGAAGGAAACGACCGCGACACCAGCGACUUGCACUACUUCUAGCGACGACAAAGGAAGAGCUCCUGUUGCACCACCAGCACAAGGAGCUUCUGAUUCGAACAGCGACAGCCAAGAAACCGACCAUGCAACCGGUCUUGCUGACGAGUUUGCCAAGAAAGUGAGCUUGGAGGCGGAGCAGAACGACAAGCACGUUCGUGCAGAAGACGUCGAAUAUCGAGAGGACCCGACGGACGGCUACGCUUAUUGUCUCAAGGACUUUGUUGUCGAGUACGGCGGUAGUAUGGAAGAUCCGCCAAAGCAGUGGCUCGGAGCGAAGCGAGUGGAUGUGGACGAUCUGGUGUUCGAAGCCGUCCCUGUUUCCGGGGCCAGUGGUACCACAGAAAGUUCUAGCGCAGGUGCAGCACAAAGGCUGCAAAAUGGUAGUGACUCCGUCGCUUCAUCCGGGAAACGUACCAAAAACCCCUCGAACAAGAAGGCCAACAACUCCAAGAACAAGAACAAGAACGCGAAGCAGAAUUCAACAUACAAGAAAAAGCAAGAUUGCGAUGAAGAUUACUCCGUCCCUAUCAUUCACGUACCGGAUGUGCGCUCCGACGAGCAGGAGCACCGGGUUGACUUGGCCACGGACCCGCCGAUGGCGUUUCCGCUGUGGGAUUUCUUACUCGAGUACGGCGGUUCGGUGACCAACCCGCCACGGGAGUGGGUAGAGGCCCCGACGGAAGAAGAAUUUUUACACCUGAAUCGGUCGCUGAGCAUGCACCACAACGAGGAGGAGCCUGUGCAAGAAUUUUGUGCGGAAUCGUUGGUAGAGAACGACAGUGCGCCUGAAAUAACGACGGCAUCUUCCGCUCCGAUUGGAAGAUGUGGACAAGAAGAUGCGCUGCUAGAUCCGACGGUUCUGCCCGUGCUACACGUCGAACAAGAUACUUCAUCCGGAACUUUUAUCGGACCUCAGAGAGGACCACCGGAAAGUGCAUUUUUGCAUCAAGAACAGGGAGAUAAGCAGGCGCCGGCGAACAAUUUGAAGAGUACUUCUACGACAAGUGAAAAUAACCAUUCUGUUGAAAGAACCAACACGCCAAGCGUCAGGAAGCAGAAAGAGAAACCCACGCUGGGUAUGAUCCGACAGGAUGCGCGGCGCCGGAUGGCAGACGCCAAAGUGGAAAUGGAAAAGGCCACCGAGAAAUUUUUGAACGCUGUGAAUUGGUAUCACAAACUGAUGGAAGAGUAAAUAAGCCACACCGUGACGCAGAUGACGUGUAAAAAGUAGCCCACUGGCAGAACAAUUAUAUCAUCACAGACAUAACAGAAAGCACAAGUAUCUCAUUCGUAGGAACUCUCCAUCACAGCAUUAUGCGAACACCCCUCGAUGAACGGGUAAAGACCCUCGGAAGUCUCCUUCUAUCGUGGCUGAAGGCAGAAUGAGAUUUUCACGAUUUUUC